UCACUAACACUCGCCGCCGUCGCAUCAUUAUAACGGAGCCUAGUGAAUGAGCAGUCGGAUUGUUUUGCUCUGAACUCCACGGUUGUGUUUUCCAAAGUCCUUCUGACUUCUCCUUCACAUCUUUCCUUGAACUCUUGAUUUUUUCCCAUCGAGGUCAAAGGAGACGUGGUUAGGAAAAGACUUUAGGACGUCAUUAUUCUGUACUUUCCCAGGUCGAUGGCGGACCGUCCUCCUCCUGCUGGGAAGCUCGCUAUUCCACCGCUGGCAACAACUGCAUACACCUCGAAGCAGCCCAAGAAAAGAAAGACCGACUUUUCUAAAAGAGAGUCUAAAAGAGAGUCGGACAAUAAACGCAAUAAAACGCGGGUGAACAUCGGAGAGGCGUUUCAGAGGUGGAGAGAUCUCCGGGACUGCAUCGGUCUCACGUUGGACUCCGAGCUCGCUGCUCUGCUGCUGGACAGCUAUGAGAAGAUAAGGGGAACGUCAACACGGCACAAGGUUGGACACAUUGCCAGCCUGCCGUACACAGAGAUAUCCUGCAUUUUGACUGAAUCUCUCUCUGACCGAGAUGAUGACUUCUCUGUAGCUGGUGUCGGAGAGCUGGAUACCAGCGACAAUGAGGCUGCAUCGGUACAGGAACUUGAUACAAGUAUGACAUCACUUGAUCUGAGUGCUGACGGCAUCAAUGUAGAGGACUUCAACGACAUUCGGAAUUCCACCAUUGACUGGGCAGAUGACACCUUGUGCCACGCUGAAGAGACAGAGUCUGUCUCAUCUUUGGACGAGGAGGAAACCGGGGAAGUCGACAGUGAUGAAGGCAGUGAUGCUGAUUACAUCUUCCCUCUGUGUGUUCGAACUGGUGGUGCCCUCCCCUCUAAGAGCAUUCGCUUUGAUGCACUUCCAGCCAUCAGUGUGGAGGACACUGUGCAUGACUCCUCAGACGUCGGUCCAACUCACACGGAUGCACCUGAGAUGCCAGAAGUGCUCCAGGCCCAGAGUGAAGACGAGGUCAUUGGCCAGCCAGCUUCCAUCGCCUACCAUCUAAACUUGCAGCUGCUGGCUGAGUACCUUCUGCUGCCCAUCCCCAUGUGUACCGCCAAGGACCCUGUUACCAAUGCAGUGUGUCAGGCACCCGGACCCUUUCGGGUGACGGUCAAAUCCAGGACCACAGCUGCCAUCAUUGAGUGGACGUGUCCCCAUGGUCAUAUUGUGUGGCGCUGGAGUUCACAGUCCACUCUCGAGUACGGGAUGCUGAUAGGGGACUUCAUGUUGGCCGUGAAUACCCUCCUCUCUGGAAACAACUAUGCGAAAGUGGCAUUACUGUUCAAAUUUAUGAACAUGGGGAUGGUGGGAAGGUCCACAUUUUCCAAAAUACAGGACACCUACUGUGUGGACACCGUAAAAGAGUUCUGGGAAGAGAAGCGAGGUGAAGUUAUUUCCAAGCUACAGCCAAAAGCCAGCGUUGUGGUCCUGGGAGAUGGUCGGAUGGACAGCCCCGGGUUCGCUGCACAGUACUGCACAUAUAGUGUGAUGGAGAAUGCCUCCAAAGAGAUCAUCUCCAUGGUGACGGUGGACAAAUGCAAAACGGCGCCGAACAGUGUCAUCAUGGAGAAGGAAGCCUUCACCCGGACUUUCGACACACUUCAUCAGGAAAUAGAAAACUUGAGCGAAAUAUGUACCGACGCUCAUAGCCAGAUAGCUGCACUCUUUACCAAGGGCAUAUAUAAGUCAUGGGGAGUUAAACAUACCCUUGACAUGUGGCACGGAUCGAAAAACCUUGGAAAGAAGAUCCAGCAGGCGAGCGAGCAGAAGGGGUGCUCAAUUUUACUCAUCUGGAGCAAGGACGUGUGCAACCACUUUUGGUUUUGUGCCAAAAUGUCUGCAAACUACGACGACUUCUUUGACAUGUGGGUUGGCAUACUCCAUCACGUCACGGGAGAACACGAGUGGGCUCUUGGCGCCUGUCACCACGGCCCCUCGUCGGACAACGAGGACAAGGAAUGGAUAGGGAAGGGAUCUGCGGCACACAGAGCACUCACUGAGAUAGUGCUAAAUGCACGCUGGCUGGGUGAAGUUGUGAAGUACCUGGGAUUCAGGUCUACAGCAGAACUUGAGUCCUUUCACAACCACAUACUGAUGUAUGCCAACAAGAGAUUCAGCUUCACCCCGCCCGUCUACUCAGCCCGCACCCUACUCGCUGGUUUGGAUUAUAACCAUCACGUCCACCGACCAGUGCAAAGAAAAGCUGAUGGCUCCAUCGAAUACCGGAAGCUGUUCAACAAGAAGUCGCAGAAGUGGAGCCUGUACACUACGAAGGUCGACAAGGACUACGGCUACAUUCCUGACCUCCAGAGGGCCAUCCUCCGAAGCCGCACCACAGCAGACGGAGGCAUCGCUACGUGUGAGGCCCGAUGACCCGUGCCACUAUGUGGUAUUCCACCUCCAACCACAGAGGAGCUACUGCACACACAAGCCAAGGACUACCAAAGUGUACAGCCGACCUUAGGAGAAGACGUGACCCCUGCAACUCCUCACCUGAUGAUGGAAGUCGCCCCCACCCACACCCGUACUAUGGCUACCACUCAGAAAUACUGACCAGGGGUCAGACACGUUCUAUAGGCCCACUGAAAGAUGGUGGACUUAUUUUUUAAUUUACCAUCCUUUAAACUUGGAAGACAUGUUUUUUCUCAUGCUUCAGGAUAUUUUUUGUUAUGAAUGUUUGGGAUUGUCAUUUAUAUUUUUUAAUGCAAUAAAAGUGUUAACCCAA